AUGAAAGCCUUUAUAUUAAUGUCGUGUUUAGCUUUGGCAGCUGCUAAGCCAGAAGCCGGUUAUGCUUACAAUAGACCGGGCGGUGGUGGCGGCGGUGGAUUCGGUGGUAGUGGCGGUUCUGGAGGUGGCGGCUUCGGCGGUAGUGGUGCCGGAGGAUUUGGUGGUGGUGGUUCAGGAGGAUUUGGUGGCGGUGGCUCCGGGGGAUUCGGUGGCGGUAGCUCUGGAGGAUUUGGUGGCGGUGGCUCUGGAGGAUUUGGAGGUGGUGGAUCAGGAGGAUUUGGUGGUGGCGGCUUCGGAGGUGGUGGUAGCGGUGGAUUUGGUGGCGGUUCCGGAGGUGGUUUCGGUGGAGGUGGAUUCGGUGGUGGUGGCGCUCUUGGAGGAUUCGGCGGUGGUGGCGGUACUUUGGUGCAGAAGAAUGUUUAUGUCCAUGUGGCUCCAGAAGAACCCGAGGAAAUUCGUCCUCGAAAUAAUAUCCCUGUGGCACAAGCUCAAAAGAACUACAAAAUUAUCUUUAUAAAGGCUCCAUCCCCUCCCUCGUAUCAGGCUCCUGUCAUUCCCUUGCAGCCACAGAACGAAGAAAAAACGUUGGUCUAUGUGUUGGUCAAGAGGCCAGAAGACCAGCAAGACAUUGUUAUACCAACACCCGCUCCAACUCAGCCAUCCAAACCAGAAGUUUACUUUAUCAAAUACAAGACUCAAAAGGAUGGCAGUGGAGGAGGAGCUGGCGGUAUUGGAGGUGGUAUUGGCGGUGGUUCAGGUGGUGGACUUGGAGGAGGUCUUGGUGGCGGCCUUGGAGGUGGUUCAGGUGGUGGUCUUGGUGGUGGUCUCGGAGGUGGUCUAGGUGGCGGUCUUGGUGGCGGUCUCGGAGGUGGUCUUGGUGGUGGUAUUGGAGGUGGUAGCGGUGGUAUUGGAGGCGGUAGUGGAGGUGGCCGUCCCUCAACCAGCUAUGGCCCACCACAUUAA